AAAAAAAAAGACAAGCUAUACCAUGCAGACUCUUUUCACCAUUGAAAAACUCCUAAUAUUAUAGGUAUAUUGGAAGAGUUCGCAAUCGAAAAAUCGAAAAAAAAAGACAAGCUUUCGGUUAUAUUGCUUUCCCCUACUCCUGUUGAAUAAAUGGCAACGAGUGCUUUACAGUUUCUCAGUGCAGUCUAACACGCCUUCUCUUAAACGCCAAUAGUUAAAUCCAACACUUGACGCAGUGAUGGCACAAGCUAAGCCAAACAGAAGCCCUGCGGAGGUGGAGGAUAUUAUACUGCGUCGUAUAUUUCAAGUGACUUUAGAAUCUGGAAGGGAUCAUGUACCGUCCCCGGUGUAUUUAGAGCAGACAGCUGCUGAAGUACUGAGUGAAGGCAGGCCCUUACUUUUGUCUAUGGACAUAAUGGAGAGAAUUUUGAUUGACAGGCUGUCCAUUCCUAACCUUGAACCACCUUUAAAGUAUCUGGUCCAGUGCUAUAGAAGAGCACAGGAAGAGAUACGGAAAAUACCUUCUAUGAGGGAUAAAAGUUUGAGCGUUAAAAUGGAAGAGAUGGCAAAGCAAGCAAGACAGUUGGCCGUUUCCUAUAGUAGGAUUGUUUUGGGAAACCCAGAUAUGUUUCCUCAGUCUGCCCUUGAAAAGUCAUAUCUUUUGGAUCUCUUUAUGUCCGGAGUUUCUAGUAGUUACGAUACAUUUGGUGAGAGCAGUGCUUCCGGCAUUACCGUACCACUUGGGUUUCUGGAGGAUUUUUUGAGGGAUUUUGAAGAGGAAAGUCUAGAUCCUAUUUUGAAGCAGCUUUAUGAUGAUUUGAAGUUAGCUAUGCGCAAGGUGGCAUCACCUCUUCAAAGCUGUCAGGUCCCCUUGGCAGUUCUUAAACAUUUGAUUGAAAUUCCUGUUUGUGUGAAAGCCCUUGUGAAUCAUCCUUCUUGGAUUCCCAAAGGCGAUCACGUGGAUGGACGAUUUAUCGAAAUUGAAAGCAUUCUGGGUCCCUUUUUCCAUGUCAGUGCUUUACCUGAUCAUGUCAUCUUCACAAGAGAAGAACAGGAUGUUGGGCAGCAAUGCUUUUCUAAUGCAGACACUCGACGUCCAGCCGAUUUAUCUUCUUCAUUCACUACAAUUAAGACGGUCAUGAAUCAGAUAUAUGAAGGCCUUCAUUUUGUCCUUUAUGCUCUCCUGAAGAAUUCCAACACGCGUGAAAAAGUUCUUGAGUACUUGGCAGAAGUUAUAAAGAAAAAUGCUGCAAGGGCACAAAUAAAUGUGAACCCGUUUAAAUGUGCAAGCUCUGGCAUGUUUGUCAGUCUCAGUGCUGUCAUGCUUAAGCUUUGUGAACCAUUUUUAGGUGAUUCGACAAAAAUGAACUUAAUUGAUGCAAACUACGUACUUUGUAAUGGCCGAAUCGAUUGUCGAGGAUUGACAGCAAUUCAUGCUUCGUCAGAAGAGAUUGCAACAUGGGUGGAUAGAAGGAACUAUGCACGAACUGAAGGAUAUAGGCAGCUUCAACAUCAGAAGGAACAGGAAGAGCGUCGUGUACUACAGACACAAGGGGCCACAAGCUCUGGCAGCCUACAGUCCUUUAAUUCUGUUGGUGUCAAUACCAUACCGAGAUCUGCAAGUGAUGGAAGGCUGACCAAAUAUUCUUUUGUUACUGAAUGUUUUUUCAUGACAGCAAGGAUACUGAACUUGGGCCUUUUGAAAGUGGUGUCUGACUUCCAAAGUCUAUUACAAGAUCUUAGAAGAUGUCAAGAUGCACUUGAGACUCUUGAAGCCCAACAUGGUCCCGGAGCUCCUCCUCAAUUGGAGCAAGAGAUUAACAAUGCAAAGUUAGAAAUAGAGCAUCUUUCUCAACAAAGGUUUUGUUACGAUGCUCAAAUAUGUAAGGACAUCGAACUUCUUCAGCAAGCUUUAAGCUUCUACAGGUUAAUGCUGGUGUGGCUGGUUAAUAUUGUUGGUGGAUUCAGAAUGCCUUUGCCAGCUGAAUGCCCAAUGGAAUUUGCUUCUAUGCCAGAGCACUUUGUUGAUGAUGGAAUAGAGCUUCUACUCUUUACUUCUCGACUUCCAAAAGCUUUAGAUGGUGUUGUAUUGGAUGAUUUCAUGAAUUUUAUUAUAAUGUUUAUGGCAAGUCCACUAUAUAUCAAAAACCCUUAUCUAAGGGCCAAGAUGGUGAAUGUUUUGAAUGCCUGGAUGCCAGAGAAAAGUAAAUCAUCAGCAAUGUCCACUCUGUUUGAAGGACACCCCCUUGCUCUUGAGUAUCUUGUGUUUAAUCUUAUGAAGCUCUAUGUGGAUAUUGAAUUUACUGGAUCUCACACUCAGUUCUAUGAUAAGUUCAAUAUACGACAUCAUAUUGCAGAACUUCUGGAGUAUUUGUGGCAGGUGCCAAGCCAUCGCAAUGCAUGGAAAGGGAUUGCACGAUCACAGGAAAAGGGAAUGUAUUUGAACUUCUUAAAUUUUCUCAUCAAUGAUAGUAUCUUUCUUCUUGAUGAGAGUUUCAAUAUGAUUUCUGAACUUAAAAAGAUGGAAGCUGAAAUGAACACUGUAGAAUGGGAGCAGCGAACACCGCAAGAGAGGCAGGAAAGGACACGCCAUUUUCACCAACAAGAGCAAUAUGUUCGGUGGGACAUGACCUUGGCAAAUGAAGAUGUGGGGAUGUUAGCAUACACGUCUGCUGAAAUCACAUCACCAUUUUUACUUCCAGAAAUGGUUGAAAGGGUAGCUAAUAUGCUCAACUAUUUCUUGUCACAACUGGUUGGUCCUCAACGAAAAACUCUGACCCUGAGGGAUCCAGAGAAAUAUGAAUUCAGACCAAAGAAACUUUUAAAACAAAUUGCCGAAAUAUACGUUCACCUUUCCAGGGGAGACAAGGAUAAUGUAUUUCCAUCAGCUGUAUCAAGCGAUGGUCGUUCAUAUAAAGAUCAGUUAUUUUCAGAAGCAGCUGAACUUCUAAGAAGGAUAGGUGAAGAUGGGAGGAUAAUUCAAGAGUUUGUUGACCUUAGUGCAAAAGCAAGAGCUGCUGCUAGUGAAGCAAUGGACACUGAAUCUAUGCUUGGAGACAUACCAGAUGAUUUCCUUGAUCCAAUUCAGUUCACAUUGAUGAGGGAUCCUGUAAUCUUGCCUUCGUCAAGAACAACUGUGGACCGUCCAACAAUACAAAGACAUCUAUUGAGUGAUGCUACUGAUCCAUUCAAUCGAUCUCUUCUCACUCCUGAGAUGCUGAUUCCUAACACGGAGCUGAAGAACAAAAUUGAAGAGUUCAUCAGGAGCAAGUCAAGGAUUUAAGCCCUAUUUAAUGAAUUAUUGUUCUUUGUAUAUAGUUUAAUCUGAACAAUGCUUGGACUAGCAAAAGAAAUGCAAUCAAUGCCUUGGAUUAUUAUCAUAGAAGCCUCUUUGUGCGAGUAUUAGUUCAGUAAAAUCCUUCAAAAUAGUGUUAUUUGAUUCUUUUCAUCUCAUUGCAGCUGCCAAAUUGUGGCUGAUUUUGAUGUAAAAUAUAUGGAUACUAGUGGCAGUUUUUUAAUUUAGUAAUUAAGGUAUUAUUAUAAUC